AUGUCCGGCCGUAACGUGGUCGUGAUGGCGGUAGAGAAGAUGCGAGAGGAAUUCCGGCAAAGUAGGAGGGCAAAUACGCCAGAGCCCAUGAAUUCCGUCGCUGAAGACGAUUCCGAGGCUAGUUCUGCGGCCGCGACUGAGGUAAUCGGAUCGGAGGAUCACGCAGAAGAGGGAGCUACGGAAGAGUGGGAAUCGCUGGACUCAGGAGGGAGCGAAGAUUGCCGCGUUGGCACUGGUCCAUCCGAUGACCCGACUGGAGGCGUGACGACCGGGUCAGACGAGGAGCGAGUAGAAUAUCGACGAGGCGUCGACGAAUUUGCCUGCUUGGAUUCGGUACGUCAGGGCCUGGUGGUCUGUGUAGGCCGUAACCUUGGCUCCUCGGAGUAG